CUAAUGAACAAAUCUCCAAAGCUCUUACAAAGCAUGUCCAUUUUGGCCGUCGUGCACCACCAGUUGCACUCCGUUACCAAGACGCCGCUACAAAUGAUUCUGGAGGCCUGAAGCCUGAUUCAUUUUCAACAAUUUUUUUUGUAAUCAAUUUUUUAAUUUUAAUAACGUUUAUCGUGGUCAUUUUGGAGGGAUUUCAAAAUCAAAUUCUUAGUUUUUGUUGACCUUUUUGUCAUUCCUUGUUGGACACAGACCAAGUGAAGCACUGAAGAUAACACUUGAAGGAGAAACAGGUCUGCAGUUGGAGCUGUGGGGUGGAGUUCAAUUUUUGGUCAAUUCUUUUUUUUUCUUGGCCACUUGUGAUACUUGUGAAGACAGCCCACUCUCUCAGCUCCCUUCCUGUCUCACCGCCGAGCAGUGGUUCUCGGGCGCCGAGAGCUCGGAUGCAUCUCUCACUGGACGCCACACCGACCAUGGUGGAUGGUGACUGCCUUGCAUCAGACAACUACCACGACCUAAAGGGCGGCAGCUCCAGUGUGGGAGGCCGAGUACACAGCAUUGACGUCAUCCUGGGCUUCAGUAAAGACCAGGACCCCCUGCUCAACCCAGUCGGCGCUGGUGGUGUCCAAAAAAUUGAUAUGCUGCAGGGCAAGCAGGGCCCCACUGAACUGUACGGCCACCUGCCAGGGAUCACAGAGGCCCAGCCACAGACAGAAUAUCAGGAUCCAGGACUCUUCUCAAGCAAUGCAAGUAAUGACAGUAACAGUAAGUGCGAUGCGGAGCUGUGCGACCUCCAGAAAGGCAUGGACACUGAUAGCAGGUCCCCCGAGCCCCACGAGGAGGACAUGCCCAAGAAGAAGCACCGCCGCAACCGCACCACCUUCACCACCUACCAGCUCCACGAACUGGAGCGGGCCUUCGAGAAGUCCCACUACCCCGAUGUGUACAGCCGUGAAGAGCUCGCCAUGAAGGUCAACCUGCCUGAAGUCCGGGUUCAGGUCUGGUUCCAGAACCGGCGUGCAAAAUGGCGGCGCCAGGAGAAGAUGGACACCAGCACGAUGAAGCUGCACGACUCGCCCAUGCUCUCCUUCAACCGGCCGCCCAUGCCCACCAAUGUGGGGCCUAUGACCAACUCCCUGCCCCUGGACCCAUGGCUGGCCUCCCCCCUGGCCAGCACCACGCCCAUGCACAGCAUCCCCGGCUUCAUGGGCCCCACGCAGAGCCUCCAGCCUGGGUACGCCCCGCACCCUGGCUACCUCAACACCUCCCCGGGCAUGGUGCAGACCAUGCAGACCAUGCAGACUAUGCAGACCAUGCAGACUAUGCCGCCUCCACCCUACCAGUGUCCUCCAGCCUUCAAUGACAAGUAUCCUCUGGAGGACGUAGACCAGCGCCAUUCCAGCAUCGCUGCACUCAGGAUGAAGGCCAAGGAGCACAUCCAGUCCAUGGACAAAACCUGGCCGCACAUGUGACUAGAGGAUUGGACAUCUGGGAGAAUGUAAUGCACGGAGAGAGCAGCUUCUAUGCAGCAGUUCAGUCCAACAGCACUGGAUUGUUCUCUGACAUUCUAGAAGAAUGGAACUGUGUUGGACUUUGUGUGUUUGUUUGUCUUUUUAUCCUUUUACAUUUUUUUGCAAAGACUUUUACAAGAAAAGUCCCUUCAGACUUUUGUAAAGUUUUCUCAGUUUGAUGACCAAAGCGACCUUCGAGAUGAGGUGUUGGUAGAACUGCUUGUGCACAUGAGGGGCUGCAAUGGCACUGUGUGACAGAGUCUAAUAAGCUGCUAUUUUGAUUGGUGUAUCACAACAAAGAGGAAUUAUGACAUCAGUGUUUCAUGGAACAGUGAGCCCCCCUCCCCCCAUCUUGAACUUCAUCAAUAACAACAUCACCACUGUCAAACCUGGAUGGUUUCAAUGUUGCCCACACUAACCUGUUCUCUGCUUGUCUGAGGGUAGGUUAGUGGACAAGCCCAAGUCAAAAUAAAUGGACUUUCUAAACCACAUUCACAAUAAGUGGUAAAGUUUUAAAGUUUUAAAGUUUAAACUCACAUGCACACAUGUAACAGGUAAAGGAAUUAUUCAAUCAAUCAAUCAAUCAAUCAGUCUAGGGUUUGUGUUUGUUCCUUGAAAGCAUUCAGUUAGUUGACUUAGGCUCAGUUCUUGAUCCAUUUAGGUUUAGACAUCAGCUCAGUCUUCUCCUUUUGAGAAAAGGAAACGCUAGGCCUUGCAAUCUGUCACUCAUUAACCAAUUUGUGAAGACAUGGAGCUCUAGGUGUCUCCCUAACAGCUUUUAGUUGGUAGUCUUUAUGCCUACACCUAACAGACGUCACACUCAGUAAACACACCUGCACGCCCAAUAGACUUCUUAUAAGAAGUUUACAGGACUUCUUCCUGUAUGAAAAAAUAUAUAAAUAUGAACAUACUAAGUAUGUUAUGUAACAUUUAUAUAUUUAUUGAUUGGCACUUCUAAGUUUAAGGUAUACAGGGGGACAGAGGUAACAUGGUGAGGUAGAGCAAUAUGUCCUGUUGACAAGUGUGCUCGUCAUGUGGAGGGAUUAGGCCAAAGCCGAUCAACACUUUGUGGCUGUAUCCGAGCAUCAGUAGGCUUUUCACCCUAAACGAUAAUAACAUAUAGUAAGGAAAAACCUUUUUUUUCAGGUAAUUCACUGUCCAUAUCCGAGGAUACUAAAUGAAUGCUAUUCUUUGGCUAUCUGCUGUGGUCUGUCUGAGGCAGCAAGGAUCACACAAUCAGAUGUAGGUUGAUGAUUUCAAACAAAAGUGCAUCUUACAAUAUAACUCUCUGAUCAUGAACACAUUGAAAAGGGCAUUUUGUUGAUCUCUCAUAGCACUGAAUAUAUCCAUAAAUGGAAAAGAUAACUGUGAUAUUUGUUAUUAUUGAAUGUAAGAUUUUUACUGAUUUUUACUAUCAAUGGAAGACAGGUAAUGUUUUUGAGAACUCAUACAUAUUAUAGAUUGUAUAAAUGCUGUAUUUUUUGUUGAACUACUGUGAAAUAAGAAAACAAUACAUUCCGACUGUUAUUGUGUCAUGACAGUCACAAUACUAUAAAAUAAAUAGAAUAUGUUUUUUUUUUUCACCUCACUCUCUUAAUAUGACAGACAGGGUAGACCUCAGUGAAAGCACUAAUAACUCACACAUGGGGUUCCUUUUUUCUGGUAAAGUAAAAAUAGGCAGUUGUAAAUAGUCUUAGUGUAUUCACUGUCUGUUUUUUUUUUAAACAUGAUCAUGCAUUUAAGAAUUCUUAUGUUUUAUUAUUAUUAUUAUUAUUAUUAUUAUUAUUAUUAUUCAGCAAGUAAUGGGUUGCAUUCUAAACAUGUUUUGUAGAAGAUCAAUAUUUGGUUAGUGAACCAUGAAAAGCCAAAGAAUAUAGUUUUUUAAGUAUAGAAACUAUUGAGGAGAUUUAGCAAUGCACUCUGUGAAUGUUGUCUGGUCAAGUGAAGGUUGAAAAACCAACAUUUUGUCAUGCAGUCUUUUGAACACUUGUGAAUACCCACCCUUUCUCUUACACGCGUUUUUGUUACAUGUGUAACCUUUAGAAUAUGUAUAUGUGAAUAUUUUUGCACUGACAAUUGCAAGACAAUAAAAAAGUUAAAUAAUGUUA